AUGGAAACUCGAGCAAAUAAUCUUAAUUUGACUGAAAAAGAAGAAGAGGUGCUUAUUCAGUAUAUUAUCGAUAUGGAUGAAAGAGGAUUUGCACCUAAAUUAAGUGGUGUAGAAGAUAUGGCGAAUUAUAUUCUCGAAUCAAGAGGUGCGAAGAGAGUUGGAAAGCUCUGGGCUCAUCGAUUCGUAAAGCGUUGUACAAAAUUAAAGACGCGUUUUAGUCGUGUUUAUGACUUUCAAAGAGCUCUCUGCGAAGAUCCCAAGCUUAUUGAAGAGUGGUUUGGAUUGGUAUCGAAUAUGCGGGCGAAAUAUGGUAUUCAAGAUUGCGAUUUCUACAACUUCGACGAAACCGGCUUUAUGAUGGGUAUAAUAUGCCCUGGAAUGGUUGUAACUAGUUCUGAAAGAAAUGGCAGAAACAAGGCAAUACAACCAGGCAAUCGAGAAUGGGCUACGGCAAUUAUAUGUGGUAAUGGAGAGGGUGAAACUAUACCUCCAUUUCUGAUAGUUCAAGGACAAGUUCAUCUUUCCAAUUGGUAUACCGAAACCGAUUUUCCUGCGGAUUGGGUUAUUAAACCUACUUCUAAUAAAUGGACGAAUAAUGAGACAGGUUUAGAAUGGUUAAAGCACUUCGAUAAAUAUACUAGUCAACGAAGAAAGGGCAAAUAUCGAAUGUUAGUAUUGGAUGGCUGUGCUUUCGAAAUUAGAUAUUCGAAUUCGCACACCUACCCCUCCAUCGAUCCUUUUGGAAUCUGCCAACUCUUGGGUCUCUCAAACACCUCACAAUCCAACUGA